GACGAGAAGUAUGAAAGGAAAAAAAGACUUGGCGAGCAAGAUAGCGAGAUGAGCAACGACGUGGCUGUUCUUUGCUGGAAGUUCGAUGGUCACUAGGACCCGCUAAAAACCUGGUGCAGCCGCUGAUCCUGGCACGUUACUUCCUCGACACACAGCUCCAACCGGACGCACCCUCGGACUUGGCUUUCGUCGCCGUCAGACCUGUAGUUUGAUUCUAUGCCGGAGCUUUUUUUUUAAAUAUAUGAAAGGACGAAAGAGAACCUGGCCCGCAAGCGGGAAAUUGGGGGGGGGGGGGAGCACUUUCCACAUUAAACGGAGCAACUCUCGCCUGACGUGCCCGUCCCCCCGGAACUGCUAUUUCUGACUGUCUCCGACCUCCUCGCCUCUCUCCGGAAUCCGAGUGCGCGAUCGUACCAGGAUGGACGGCGAUAACACAACUUUGUGGGAAACGCUGUUGUACGGUCACCACUCGUGCGGCGGCUGGAAGCCCAGCGUGGAAGGCUCUAUCUACCACCUAGCCAACAUCUUCUUUGCUUUAGGUUACAUGGGCGGCAGCGGCCUCGUUGGCCUUCUCUAUAUCAAUCUUUUCCUGUGCUGUGCUUUCCUCUGCACUUCCAUCUGGGCGUGGACGGACGUGUGCGCCGCCGAUAUCUUUUCCUGGAAUUUCGCCCUGGUGGCCAUCUCCGCUGUCCAGAUCAUCCACGUCGCCUAUCAGCUCCGCAGCGUCUCGUUCCAGGAAGACCUACAGAACCUGUACUGCGCUAUUUUCCAGCCGCUCGGGAUCCCGCUGACUGUCUACAAGAAGUUGGUUACCUGUUGUAAUGUGGUCUCUUUGGAAAAGGAUCACUGCUACGCCAUGGAAGGCAAAACUCCUAUCGAGAGGCUGUCUCUCCUCUUGUCCGGAAGGAUUCGGGUGACGGCGGACGGGGAGUUUUUGCAUUACAUUUAUCCGUAUCAGUUCCUGGAUUCCCCGGAAUGGGAUUCACUCCGGCCAUCGGAGAAUGGGAUAUUCCAGGUGACGCUAACAGCCGAGACUGACUGUCGCUUCGCAGCCUGGAGGAGAAAGAAACUCUACCUAUUAUUCGCCCAUCACCGCCGCAUUUCCAGACUGUUUUCCGUCUUAAUUGGAAAAGAUAUUGCGGACAAACUGCACUCGCUAAACGACAAAUGUACUUGGCACCAAGGAGUCCUGUACUUCAAGACCCACACGACGAGGUUCAGCUUCUUGGUGAACGCAUCGGUAACUCCGACCUACGAUUUCAGCAACGGGACGGGGCUGCUUCCCGGCCAGGCGGCAAGCUGCAACAACUGGAAAGAAAUACACCAUUUGACCUUUCACCUCGCCAACAUCUGCUUCGCCAUUGGGCUGCUUAUUCCCACCACCGUUAAGAUCCACAUGAUUCUGCUCCGCAGCAUGAUAAGCAUAGGCUGUGCACUCUUCAUUGCCUGGGCAGUAUUUUACCGAUGCGCUUUAGAUAUUGUCAUCUGGAACUCAAUGUUUCUUAUUCUCAACAUGAUGCAUUUAAUCUAUCUGUUGUACAAAAAGAGGCCUAUAAAGCUUGAUAAGGAGCUCAAGGUACUUUACAGAAGAAUGUUUGAGCCACUUCAUGUUCCUCCUGAUUUGUUCCAAAGACUCACUGGACAGUUCUGCAGUAUUAUGACUCUUAAAAAGCAUCAGACCUAUGCAGCGGAAGAUAAAACAUCUGUUGAUGACCGAUUGAGUAUCCUGCUUAAGGGAAAGAUGAAAGUUUCUUAUCGUGGUCACUUUCUGCACAACAUUUACCCCACUGCUUUCAUCGACUCCCCGGAAUUCCGAUCAACUCAGUUGAACAAAGGAGAAAAGUUCCAGGUAACUAUCGUGGCUGACGAUAACUGCAAGUUCCUUUGCUGGUCCCGAGAGAGGCUGACUUUCUUCCUGGAGUCCGAAUCCUUUCUGCAGGAAGUAUUUAAGUACCUAAUAGGCAAAGAUAUCACAAACAAGCUGUAUUCCCUGAAUGAUCCAACAAUAAGUGACAAAACUGCCAAAAAGAUAGAGAGACAACCGAGCCUAUGUUCGCAGCUUUCAAUGAUGAGAGUGAGAAACAGUAUGGCCAGUACAAGUGACACCGACGAUGGACUGUCUAGUUUCCUACAUGGUGGUUCUACUGCAUCAUCAAUCCAGAGGUCCCCAUAUUCUAAGACUUCAGGAAAAAUGAGACCCAUUGAGGAGAGUAUUGAGGAUGAUGUCUUUGAGCCACCUUCACCAGUUGUCCAUGCUGCUCCCAACUGGUCCUGAUCUGAGUGUACAAGCUUCUUACAAGCAAGUUUUAUUUUGCCUUUAAGCAGUAAAGUAUUGACACACAGCCAGCUACAGGGACCUUGUAAUGCACACAAAGAUCGAGAAAUUGACAUAUGUUCAUUCCCUUUAUCACCUCAUCACUGUCUGACACUUUCCUGACUGUUGAUUGUUAAAUAAAGCACUUCAACAUAAUAUUGCUUGAGCCUUUGCAAGCAACCAAGUACUCAUUAACACUCAAGGCAUUUCAUUGAAGCACCAUCUCGUUUAAUGCCUUCCCUGUGAAUCACGUUUUGAUUUAAGAUCUGUAAUUGCAAGAAACAUUAAAGGCAGAUUCAUUAUG